UUUCAGCAACUUCCAUAAAGCUGCAGUGUAUCUUGACAUCGCGCUAAAAUCAGCCCCUAAGCACACGCUGUGGAUCACGGUUAACCGCCAAGAAGCGAACAACACAGCUUCUAGGUGAUAAGCCAACCAGACCGAGACGGCUGCCGCCCAGUAUUCGACAUCCGCCACGCCUCAAUCACACUAUCCAAUGCUGCCCAAUGUCAUUUCCCCCCUCAGUGAAUCAUCUUGUCCUACCACGCACCAAGCGGCGCAAUUACAAUACCCACAACAAUCAAACGGAGUACUCGGAGGAUAAUCAGUUUCAAGAUGACGUAGAAGAAGAACGCGAUCAGGUGGACGAUGCUGUUGGUGUUGGCGGUCCGACGGUAGAGUUUGGAAGACAGGGUGGAGUUAGCCUGCAAAGGAAGAGAGGCUCUUGGGGAUGGAUGUGGUCUGUAGAGGACAGGCAAGAUCUCAAAUGGAGAACGGGCAAAGAAGCGAUUCACUUUUUUCCUGCCACUCGAACGCCAGAAAUUGAGUCUGAUCCAGAAAUUUCUCUAAGAGAAGUCAUUAAUUCAUCAGUACAGUACGCUGAAGAUCUUUGCUUACCGUACGAGCGAGAUGGCCUGAGAGAUGUGAUCACCGACAUUCUCAUGGAAGAACAUGCAGCAGGCCCAUCAGGAACAUCAAAGCAACCCGCCGGACCUUUGCGCAAACUAGAGGAAGACGCAUUCGAUGAAACGCAAAUAUAUCAGGGAUCAAUUGUUGCGGUCAUUCAGAACAGUCGAGGCAAGAGUGCGAGGACAUUUGUGGCAUUCCCGACAGGAGAAGUUGGGCAUCACCUGAAUAUAGCACCCUUUUUGGCGACAUCCACAACAAGGGUAGAUAAAAGGAGUAGAUUUCGCUUUACACCGACAGUAAAGCCUAUCGACAGGUUUCCCACUUCUAUCCUGCAAAUAUGCUCAUCGCCUAUGAUAUCUCCCUUUAGAAUAGAUCACGACGCGACGGCCCUCCUGGUCAGAACCCGCACUACAACCCAUCUCCUCAACCUUCACCCUUCCUUGACCCCAUUCUCACCUUAUAUUACUUCAACUCGCAUUGCCGAGCUCUCUUUUUCUGACACUGAGGAUCGACGGCAUGUGGAUGUUGUUCUCGAUCCGGCAACCUGGUCAAGGGCUCUGGUGGUUGAUGAAGGUGGAGGCAUAUGGAUGUGGUGGGAGGACAAAGAAAUUAGAGGAGGAAGGCUGGAGAAGGUCAUGAACCUGAGGAAAAUUAGAGACAAAAUAACGGACGAUAAAGAUCAGUUCUUCCGUAUAUCCUUUGGCACGCAGCCAGGGACUGCUCUCGUACUCUCCUCACGUGAAGCCACAUUGAUAGAUAUUGACAAUCACGAUCAUCCGGCAACCUCUUUAAUCACGCUUUCGGGCUUCAACCGCCGAUUCACCUUUCUUGAAAAAACAGCUCUUGAGCGUGACUCCCGUUAUACCACCAUUUGCACCACGCAUGAAGUGUUCUGGCUUGAUGAGACGGGUAAAGGGGUACCAGCUCUGGGUUUUAGGCAUGAAUAUGGGGUAACGGACAUUGAAGCUAUCAUCUUCCCUGGGCAAGGCAAAGAUCAAAUGACGACCUUGCUCUAUUCCCCAUCGCACCCCUUCAUCACAGCUUUGGCAACACCCAAAUCUGACCCUGUUCGAUUCCUCACCCCACCUUACGCCCUCGGUCUCCCCUUACAUAGGGAUAUGACUCUUAAAGAGCUCAGCUACCUCUCACUCAACAGCAAUCGGCACCCACCAUCCCUGAUAGCAUUGGAUCAGGAAGGAGGCUUAUGGUGCAUACCCCUCAUAUCCUCGCGUAACACCCGUUUCGGUGCAAUUGAUUCAGCCGAAGGGAGAGAGGGGCAAAAGCAAAAGCAAGAAAUUAUUCCGAUAAGCGCACAGUGGGAUGACGAGGUUAGCUCUCUAGCGGCAAAAAGGGAAGACAGGGAAGAACUCGGUGUUGGCGAUGGAUGGCUUGAAAAAGCCCAGGUGGCGUACAAGGAAAUAGAUUUACGAUGGGUUUGGUUGGCUAUCAACGAGCAGGACAUCAAAAUCUUUUCGCCCGAGCCGUCAGUGGCGUCCUUGAGUGACACCGAGGGGGAAGGAGAAGAAGAGGCAAGUGGGGAACUGAUGACGAGGAAUGAUUGGGUCACUGAUGAUGAAAGAGAAAGCGGAGAACAAGACCUAGAUAAGGAGGGAGGAAGAGAAAAUGUGGGAAACGAGGAAGAAGGGGCUGCAGAUAGUAGUCUCGAAGAACCUGGUCACGAAGGGAGAUAUAGGGAGGGGAGAGGCGCAAUUGAGAGUGACGAAGCUACAGCAAAUGCGGCCAACAUUGCUGCGGAAGAAGUCGAGAAAGAUGAUGAUGACGGGGAUGAGAGUGACUGGGAAGAUGAGGAGGGAGAAGGAGAGGAAGAUCUCAAAAGAAUGCAGUGCCAAGGCGAGAAAACUGAGAGCUGGUUCAGGCCAGAGGAGUUCGCACAGUAUCUCAGAGAGUUAGAGGCACCCAUGGAUGGCCUGGUCACUGGAAGUGAACUUGCUUUAGACAUGUGCUUUCCCUCGGCCUCCUCUUUAGACGAGGAGCAGGUCAGGAGAUGGGACGACGUUGAAGAGGAUGCUCCACUCCAAACCCUCACUAUCCACCCUUACGCUAUUCGCUCAACUCUUGAGGGCAUGGACGAAUUGGUCUUGUCCAAAUUUGUGCCCAUCAUUCACACUCUGCAUAGCGGAUUCCCCAGCUUCACUGAAUCUCGUCCUCUUCUCCCUCUUCCUUAUCAAAGACCUUUUCAACUGUACCGGUUCUUCCUCGAUUCUUUUCCGCCAUCUUCACUACGGGACAAUCUCUCUGCUGCUCAGUUAGCUCUCAACUUAUAUCUAUCGACUUUAAUCUUCUCCCCUUCGGAUUACCUGCCUUUGGCUCCAGCAGCGCAUGAUCGAUUGAUUGAUGCUGCGGCGGAAGAAGAGCAGCAAGGAGAUGAGGUUGAACUUUUUGUACAGGCUACAAGCCAGUUAUCGCUCAACGAUCCUGCACCACCUCUUAUCGAAUUCAAUGUUGUCAAACCCACGCUUGCACCUGUCCGACCCCUGUACAAGAGUCUGAACGCUGUGGAGAGCGGAUCAGAGUGGGAAGAUGUCGUUGAGGGUGAUGAGAAAGGAAAGGAGGAAAAGAGGAUGGAAAGACUGCAAACACAUAUAGCGAGGACGUUGAUUGAUGAUUGGAAGCUGGGGCAGGACCUGACUUAUUGGACGUGGACACCGAUGGGAUUGGAGGAUACUCAAUGGGACCCCGAGCGUGCUACAGACCCUACACGGGGCGACGCACCACAGCCCAUGGACGGAGUAUCCAGCAUGCAAAAGGAAAGUGAUAGACGCAUCCGACCUCUUCCCGGCUCUCGUUCACACCCGUCAUUAUCUCUUUCCCAGCCGCGAUCCCGAGUGCAGCCAGCUUCACCUCCACGUACAUCUCGUUCUCACCCUUUCUCCCAUCUCAUCCCUCCUUCUCUCUCGACUUCGCACAGUAUGCCAUCCAUUCCCUCGCUCGUCCAAGGUCCAAGAUCAUCACCCCCACCAACCAUGUCGCAGAUGGGAAUUGUCACCUCCAGUCAGCCGGAAGGGGAGAACCAGAAUCAGGAAAUGGGUUGGGCAAGUACACAGGUGGAGCGAGGGAAGUUUGGAGGGAAACUGGAGAAGAAGAAGAAAAACAAGAAGCGUUUGGGUGGAUUCUAAUAAAGCAUGCCCGAUUCAACCGUUAAAAUACAAUAUCAUCUGCAUAUGCCGCUGUGCAUGGUAUCAUUCUUAUAGAUUCUUUAGAAAUAACAUUUGCACACUUUAUCACAACAGACUUAGCAUGGAUAUUGG